AUAUCUCUGUGACACCCCUGCAAAGGCCCUUCCUGCUGCUUUACCUGCUAUCACCCCAAGCAACACCCAGAUGGCAGCAGACUCUGAUCUUGUGGAUCCUUUCCAACUCAGGGUGUUUCCAUGAUUCAGUGUCUGUGUAAGUUACUGCAUGCAUUUUAACUUGCCACUGUCUAAAUCUGUAGUAGUGUCACACUUAGGACUGACAUUGAUGUCAGCCAGCACCGAGGUGCAGCUCUUUAUACCUUGGAAGGGAGCAAGUCCCCUGAACCUGCCUGUGGCUUGGUCUUACUUUCUUCAACCUUUCAGCUUUCCUGGUGGUUCCAUCAUGGAUGAAACUGUGGCUGAGUACAUCCGAAGAACUGUGCUAAAAAUGCCGAGGGAUGAAAUCAAAAUGAUGCUGCAAAAAUGGGGCUUUCUCUCUGAAGCACAACUGCAGACUCUAAAUUUCCACCAGCAAAAGGACAACAUUUCUCAAGAAGUUGUUCAACUCUGUGAGGAAAAUUCUGCAGGCAUAAAGCAAGCAGCAGCUUUAGACAUAAUUUACAACCACAUCUACCAAAACAAAAGAAUGUGGAGUGUUUACCAGAUGAAAAAAUCAGGAGAAGAAGAGGAAUAUUUUGACAUAGCAGAUUUCAAAAAGAAGUUUAAAGGAAGAAUUCGGUCAGCCUUGAAAAAUGUCACCAUCACCUUUAAGGAAUAUGAGGAUAAUGCAAUCUGGAUUAGAGUUGCCUGGGGAACACCACAUAAAAAACCAAACCAGUACAAACCCAGCUAUGUUGUGUACCAUUCACAGACUCCCUAUGUCUUCAUCUCUGCCUCAGUGCUGAAGAGCAACUUGCCUCUACUGUGUCAGGCCCUGAUUGUUGCCUCCAAUUACCGUGACAUCCGUGAAAUGGAGCUUCGAAGUCAUUCUUUAAACUCCCUUAAAGAUAUUGUGUUUAAAAGAUAUAGCCAGAACUUCCAAACUUACUCUCCAAAACCUGUGCAAGGAUGGAAUGUAGAAGCAGAAAAUGCAGAUAGAAGGAUAGUUCAUGAAAACAGAAGUGUGAAAGAAAGAAUCCACAGACUGAACCAGGAAAGUUUUGGUUGUGGUCCCCAACCAAAACUCGAAUUUGCACAAUACAGGCUUGACACGAUGUUUAAAAGUGAUCCUAAAAUGGAUGUUUUGGAUAAAAAAGAACCAUUCAGAUGUUUGGUCAAGUUUUCUAGUCCACAUCUUUUAGAAUCACUGAAAUCCUUAGCACCACUAGGUAUGGCUGAUGCACCACUUUCACCACUCCUUACAUGCAUAACACAUAAAGCUAGAAAUUAUUUUAAAAUUAGAGAGAAAAAAGAAAGCUUUGUAAGCCCUUAAUUUAAAACUGAUUCAUAGAGAAUUAUGCAACUUAUUUAUUACUGGUAUUAAUCUAAAUCAUCAUAAGCUUUCAAAAAUAGCUUAUGCUUUUAAG